UAUUGUUUUGAAAACGAAGAUUCGCUAACAUAACCUUAUCUAACAGUCCGCACUCUGCAGGUGCAUUCACAUUUGCAGACUUUACUAUAAUAAUGUGAAACUACACCGCACUUUUUUUUACAAUGUCGUAAAAAUAAUAAAAAUGUAGUGAUUGUGUAUAUGGCUAUAAAUGACAUAUACCGUGUUAACUUCCGCGAUUAAAUGUCUGCUUGAUACAUGCGCUGUCUACUGUGACUUUGCCGGAGUUUAUACAAUAGUAAAUAAUAACGUCUCACAGCCACCUGCGCGUCAAAAAUGUCAGAUACGGACUCGCCAUCAUUGUCGAGCGAUGGUGAGGCUGAAGAUUAUUCGUUUAUCACACGUGAACCGAAAAAUUUAGCGCUCGCUUGUUCUACGGAUAAAUUAGAGAGGAGUGAUCUAGCUCAGUCGAUUAGAGUCGCAUGUGGAAUAACUUCUGAGAACAAGCAGUCUGUGUUAUCAUUAUUAAAGUAUAGAGAAUGCGGGAUCAAUUUUAGUUCUGGAACUAAAUCAAUGAUAACUGGUCAAUAUCUGCCAAACACAUACCAGAGGAUAAAGAAAUUUUCAUCUAAACCAUUUUGCGGUAUAUAUUCGAAAAAUGGGCAACAUUUGCUUACAACCGUUCAAGACAAAGAUGUAUACCUGUUUCGUGUCAAUAGUCGAAUAUAUUCAAAAACAAAACGAUUUUCUAUUCCAUCUUAUGGAUGGAGUAUAGUUGAUGCAGCUUUCAGCUCAGAUGAUAGAUAUUUUGUAUAUUCUGGCUGGUCUGAUAAUGUAUACUUGCACGCAGUUCAUGGAAACACAAAUGAAAGAGAAUCAUUACUUAUAAAGGAUGAUCGGCGCAUGCGUUUUUGUAUUUUUUCAAUAAAGUUUUCCAGUGAUGAUCGUGAACUAUUAUGCGGGGGAAAUGAUGAAUGUUUGUACAUUUAUGAUAGGGAAUUGAAAACAAAAAUCAGAGUAAAAAAUCAUAGAUUUGAUGUGAAUAGCGUUGCAUAUGCUGAUAAAUCUUCACAAAUUCUUUUCAGUGCUGGUGAUGAUGGACUUUGUAGAGUAUGGGAUAGAAGGUUGUUAAAUGUAAAUCAUCCUAAACCAGUUGGAAUACAUACUGGUCAUCAAGGUAGUAUCACUCAUAUUGAACCCAGAGGUGAUGGAACGUACUACAUUACAAACAGUAAAGAUCAAACUAUAAAGUUAUGGGAUACAAGAGUAUUUUCAAGUUCAGAGGCUCAAAAAGAAGCUCGACAUAUUGUCAUAAAUGCUAAUAUAGCAUGGGAUUACAGGUGGCAAAAUGUACCAAAGUCACUUUUAAAUCCGCCCAGACUUAUAAAGGGUGAUACAAGUGUUAUGACUUAUCGUGGACACAUUGUUAGUCAAACGUUGAUUCGAUGUCGUUUUUCACCUACUGAAACCACGGGACAACGAUUCAUUUGUACAGGCGAUGGUUGUGGACGUAUUAUAAUUUACGAUGUACUCAGUGGUAAAAUCAUACAUUGGUGUGCCGGUCACGAAGCUCUUGUUCGUGAUGUAAAUUGGCAUCCUCACCACCCUGAAAUUGUUUCAACAUCGUGGGAUGGUGGAGUUUAUGUUUGGCGAUAUCAAGAAGAACCUGUCGAUAAUGAUCGAAACAAACAUUGUCGCGAUAUGUCUCCAAAAUAAUCAUUGUGAAAGUUUUAAGGCAAAAUAUUCUGCAAAAUAAGUUAAAUCACGCCAGUUGCAAUAGUCCUACAAAUGAAAUCUAAACUAAGCUAAUACUGAAAUAUCAUCUUUCAAAGAUCAAAUAUAACUUCUGACCGAAAGGCUUCAUUGACAGAUCAAUAGACACAUUUUUGUAGAAUUCAAUGAAUGAAAAAACAUAUUUUUUUCUUCACGUUUUCGUGUGAACACCGGGUUUGGUUUAAACAUGCAAUUAUUUAAGUUAAAAAUUAUCAUAAAUGCUAAAAUAAUUUGUACGUUAUUAUUAUUUAUACAAAAAUAAUUUACAUGUUAGAUAUAAGUGCACCAAAUUGUGAUGAAAUAGCUAUCACUGAUAUUAUAUGUCCAAUAUUUUUAUUUCAAAGAGUUUUUGUAUUUUCUGAAAGUAAAGAACUUGUAUUUACGAUUCAAAUAUUAUAAUUUCUGUUUUAAAAGAUAAAAUAAGAAUACAUAUAUUUUUAUUAGCAUUCUAUUUUGACA